CGGCAGUUCAUGUCCGUCUCACCGGAAAGAUCAGCGAAGACGAAGAUCCAUUUUUCCUGACCCGCAAAACCCUAGCGUUUCUCCAUUUCGUCCCCGGAUCAGUUGUUUCCAUUGAUGGAGUGAAGCCCAUCAGCAGACUGACGGGAAACUCCUUUCCAGCGUUUGAAGGUUUGUGUGGUGCAAGUUCUGGGAGAGAGGUGUGUUGAUGAAGAUCUGUGAUCUGGAACAACUCUAGACAAUGGGUUGGUCAGAGAAGGAUCUUUGCAUAAAAUGUGAUAGGGGUGGCAAGAUAUUGGCUUGCAGUGAGAGUAGGACCAGUAGAUGUCCUAUAGUUGUUCACGAGAAGUGUAUGGGUUGCCAGGCUUACUUUGACGAUGGUGGAGACUUUUAUUGCCCAUACUGUUUAUACAGGCAAACAACUGCAGAAUUGCACAAAGCGUUGGAAGUUGCAAUGUUAAAAAAGCAAGCUCUGUCCACUUUCCUAGAUAAAGAAGUGCUUAAUGGUGAAAAACUACUAUCCCAACCAUCUGAUGUCUUGCAGAGUAUAAAUGUUCAUCAUUCCAUGGACAAUAAUUGUGAUAAUGAUGCCUUAUUGGCGGUUGGGCAUCGAACGGAAUGUGGUCCGGUUGUUGCUGAUGGAUGUAAAUCUAGUGAUGAACAAGUGGCCAUACAGGAGGGACUUAGAGCUGUAGAGGAUGGUGAAGGGAUGGAAGCAGAACAUAAUUCAGUUGUUGAUGAUGACAAAAUAGAUAAACAUGCUGAAGAUCCUCAAGAAGAUGACCAUCCCAAUGAGAUACCUGAAAGAGAAAGGAAAGCGAUGAAAAAUGAUCAACAAAUUCUAGCAGAGAAUGAUCUGGGAGUGGAAGAUAUUCAAGAUGAUGGCUACUUGAACGAGACACCCGAAAGACAAAAGACGACUAGGAGGAAAGCGAAUAAAUUACUUGCAGAAAGCGAACCAGACGUUGAUUACGAAGUGCUAGAAAGAGAUGAUGAAAACCACCAAGAAGACGGCCGUGCGAGUCAGUUACAAGAAAGAGGAAAUAAAACCAAGGAAAAAACUAAAAGAGACAAGAAAACAAGGAAAAAUGCGAAACAAGUGCUUACAAAAAAUGAACUACAAAAUAGUGAUGUUGAAGAUCGCCCAGAAGAUGGCCAUCUGUGUGAUAUACCUGAUAGAGAAAAUAAAGUCAGGAGAAUAUCUAAACGAAUGCUAGCAGAAGAUGAACCGGAGGUUGAUGAGGAACAACUAGCUAAAGAUGUUGACGGUGGCCACCCAAGCGAGAUACCUGACAGUGUAAAGAAAACCAGGAGAAAAUCUAAACGAAAGCUAGCAGAAGACGAACCUGAGGUUGUUGACAAAGUACUAAAUAAAGAUGUUGAAGAUUGCCACCUGAGGGAGAUACCUGACAAAGAGGAGAAAAUGAGGAGGAGAUCUAAACGGAAGCUAGCAGAAUAUGUACUGGAGGUUGAUGAGCAACAAAUAGAUAAAGAUAUUGAAGGUGGCCACCUGAGUGACACACCUGUAAGCGAAAAGGAUGUUAGGAGAAAAUCCAAACGCAGGCUAGCAGAAGAUGAACCAGAAAUUGAUGACGAACAACUGGAUGAAGAAUGCAACUUGAGAGAAAUAACUGAGAAUGAAGAUAAUGUCAAGAAGAAAUCAUUAAAAAUGCAAACCGAGAGGAAAGAAAAUGAAGCUGGUGGUGCAGAAUCUGGUGCCGUUUCAACAAGAAGCAAGUGCAUUUUAAAGAAAAGUGAAACUGAGGAUGAGCCUUUAAAUUCCGAUCCUAAGAAAAGGUCAAGUGGGUCAACUUAUGCAACAACGAAAGUUUCAAGUCUAAAUGGGGAGACAAAUGAACCUAUCAAGUUGCUAGCUCUAGAGCAUUCAACAUGGCAGAGGAGUCCAAUUCCAAAUGGAAGGCGUAAAAAGUUAAUGUGGAGUGAGGAAGAGGAAGAAAUGCUUAAGGAGGGUGUUCAUAAGUUCUCAACAACGGCUAACAAAAACAUACCUUGGAGGAAGAUCUUAGACUUUGGUCGUCAUGUGUUUGAUGGGACUCGUACGCCCGUUGAUCUCAAGGACAAAUGGAGAACCUUGUGGGCCAAAUAAGGUGCGCCACACUUACUAAAAGGAUCUUUGCAGCAGUUUGAUCUUCGAAUGAAUAUCAAGAAGGCAUAUUGGGAAAAGACAUUGUGGGCAUUAGCUUUGUUAGAGUUGUUUUGGGGUUAUUUUGGUGGGUAUCCUAUUACAUUGUCCUAGUACAUUAUCACUCAUGAGUUGUGACGUGUUUAGUUCCUAACUUUUGUUUUUAGUUAGACUCAUUAAUAGAGUAAUAUGCUUUGGAACAGAAGUUUUAGAGGGUGUUUGGGACUGAUUUUGAACACGAUUCUCAGCUUUUGCUUUGGAUGGAA